AUAGUUCUAUUUAGAGAGUUUUACACUACUCACCAUUCGCAUGUCAUAAUUUAAUUUGGUGAUAAAUUUUAAAAUUUGUUAGGCCUAAAAAUAUGAUAGUUUCGUUUAAUAAUCAUAACCAUCAAUCUCUCUUUAACGUGAUAGGACCGUCCAAAACCCAUGAUUGACUUCACUGUCUACGUACCAUACUCUUCCUAGAAAAUCGGAUUUGGUGCCUCCGAUCGCUCCUUCCUCCUUUUGAUUGAUUAUUUUCCAUCCCAAGUCUCUGUUUCAAGCUUAGAAGUGGAAACGACCUGUUGCACUUCCUAGAGAUACAAAGACUCACCGUGACUGAAUCAUAUGUUGAAGAUCAAGUUAUCAGGCAAGAAAAUCUAACCCAACCCAAGAUUUGUCUGCUUUCAUAGUCUCGGUUUCUGCGUUAGUAAUAUCUCUCUGUUCACUACGCUAGGAUGCGUUCUUCUUUUCUCUUCUUCUGGGUCCAUUUCUUUCUGUUCUUGAACUUCAUUUUUCCUUCAAAUUCUCUUCCUUCAUCGCCUGCUAAUAAUGUCACGCUCUCUGGUGACGCCUACUUCGGAAACAAUGCCAUUAGUCUCACCAAAGAAUCCAGCUGCGUCUCUUCCCCUUCUUCUUCUGGGGUUGGAAGAGCUUUCUACGUCCACCCAGUUCGUUUUCUUGAUUCUGUGACCAACUCCACUGCAUCUUUCUCUUGCCGUUUCUCCUUCUCCAUCGUACCUUCUCCGGUUUGCCCUUCCGGAGAUGGGAUUGCGUUUUUGAUAACUGCCAAUACCGAAUAUUCUAGCACUUCUCGUGGCUCCAUGGGUCUUCCGGAGCAUGCCUUAAUAGCAGAGGACCCCUUUUUCGCUGUGGAAUUUGAUACAAGUUAUGAUCCUUCCGUUGGAGACAUCAGUGGGAAUCAUGCAGGCAUCGAUGUCAGUACGAUCAUAUCUUUCGUUUCAGUCGAUGUCUCUUCGAGGGGGAUUGAUUUGAAAAGCGGGAGGCAGAUUACGGCUUGGAUUGAAUACAGAGAGGCCAUCAAAAUGAUCCGAGUAUGGCUUGGGUACUCGCAGAUUAGGCCUUCAAGUCCCAUUCUCAUUUCCCAGAUUGAUCUCUCCAACCAAUUCAAGGAGUUCAUGCAUGUUGGGUUCUCUGCUUCUAAUGGCCAGGGCUCUUCAAUUCACAUUAUUGAUAAUUGGCGAUUCAAAACUUUUUGGUCUCUCCCCUCUGUGAUUACGAUGGAUACUCUGGAAGAAGGGGACUGUUUCGUUUGCUUUUCUGAGGACCAAAGCAUCACAAAUGCCAGCAUCUCUGUAGAUGAUCAUGCAAGAAGAAAGAAAGUCGAAGAGCUAGCUUACGGAUUGGGAGGAUUAGCAGCAUUUCUCUUCUCCGCAUCUGCAAUUUUUGCUGUAGUCCUUUUUUUCUUGAUAAAGAGCAGAAGACUCCAUAUCAGAAAAAGCAAAGAAGGCCCAAGUUGUAGAUAUCAGACGAAUAGAGCACCGGAAAGGUUGUCACUUUCCGAGAUAAAGGCAGCUACAAUGGCGUUUAAUCGAAACAGAAUUAUUGGAGAAGGGGCAUCGGCUACAGUUUAUAAAGGGUCUCUCCCAUCUUGGGGAGAGGUGGCUGUUAAAAGAUUUGAUAGGGGCAAUGAGAUUGAUUGUAUGCCCAAUCCUUUCACUACUGAGUUUGCAACAAUGAUGGGUUGCCUAAGGCACAAGAAUUUGGUUCGACUUCAAGGAUGGUGCUGCGAGAGAAGUGAGCUAGUCCUGGUUUAUGAGUACUUACCCAAUGGAAGCCUCAACAAAAUCCUGCACAAACACUCAAAUUCAACAAUCCAUCUGUCAUGGCAGCAAAGACUGAAUAUAGUUCUAGGAGUCGCCUCUGCUCUUACUUAUCUGCACGAUGAAUGCGAGAGGCAAAUAAUUCACAGAGAUGUCAAGACUUGCAACAUAAUGCUUGAUGCUGAGUUCAAUGCCAAACUCGGAGAUUUUGGUUUGGCAGCAGUCUAUGAACAUAGUUCUGUGACGAGGGAAGCAACUAUACCAGCAGGAACAAUGGGAUAUCUGGCUCCUGAGUAUGUCUAUUCUGGGGUCCCAACUAAGAAAACUGAUGUUUACAGCUUUGGUGUUGUGGUGCUGGAGGUAGCAACAGGGAGAAAGCCUGUUGAUGAUGAUGGAACAGUGCUUGUUGAUUGGGUUUGGGACUUGUGGGAAAAUGGGAAACUUAAUGAGGCUGCUGAUCCCAAGUUGAUGGGUAAGUUUGAUGAGGUGAAAAUGGAGAGGAUGUUAAUAGUGGGACUUUCUUGUGUGCAUCCAGACCCCGAAAAGCGGUCACCGGUGAAGGAAGCUGCAAGGAUUCUCAGAGGUGAAGCACCACUUCCAUUGUUGCCAACAAGGAAACCCAGAAUUAGAAUUCGACCUGUUUUUCCUGAAGAUGUAUUUGGUGAAGACAUUGAUGAUAUGCCAUGGAUGACCCCAAAGAGCCAUCUGAGCAAGGACUAGCUUAGAAUUCUUUUAUAGUUUUUCUGAGGCCAAUUGUUCUCUUGAUGAUUCAACAAAGACUCAUUUGAAUCAUUAGGAUAUGCUUUUGGAUGAUGGAUAUCAUAGAGAACAGAACAGGAUCUUCUGAUCUCUAUUGGGUAUUUUAAAGAUA